UGCUAUAUGAAGUAUUUAUCUUUAACCUUUACAUAUGAGUUUUCACAUCUUUAUAGAUGUUGUGGAGAAAGCUGAUCACGGCAUGGAAGCAGAAUCAACUUAGUUUUGUCAAGAUGGUGUGCAAAAGAAGUUGGUUGAUGUUGGUGGUGUUGUUUUGUGUACUAGAAGCAGAAAAUUGUCAAGCGAAGCAAGCUCACGCUCCAUCGAUUGGGUUCAAACUAAUACAAAAAAGUUACGUCACGAGGAGUAUUUUCCGAAUAAGGCGUGAGAUAGACUUCUUAAAAAAUGUGUUUAGAAGUCGUGUGCAGACAGCUGCUGCAACAAAGCGUACUCUAAAAAUUUUUCAUGAUGUAAUGCGAGAAGGCGGUUGGCUGCAGAAAGAAGGCUUCAUAUCAGACAAAUAUAUAGAAGCUUCCAACAAAGAUGAAAAAGUAAUGUUUGUGAAGUGUUUCAGAAGUUUUGUGAAUAUGUUACAUGUAAUCAAACGCUCUCAAAUUAACCACGUGUUGACUAAAAGCGAAUUAGAAGGUAUUAAGGAAGAUGGAAAGGGAGGUCUCUACGUUGUUGUCAACUUCUUGCUUGAUCCAAUCAAUUUGCAUAAUUUAAUCACGUGGUUAGAAAAAGCUGUAAAAGAAAAAUUCGAUGAAAUACCUGGAAGUUUGAUGCAUUGUAAAGUGAGAAUGAUCAUUGAGUACGGUUGUUGUACGACAAGUCCGAUUAAAUGGUUAAAACCAAAAUAUUCGGAGUUUAGAAUUAGCGUGGGGUAAGAAAAUAUGGGAAAUACGGAUUUGGAAUAUAAUAAAAAUCUAGAAA